AAUAGCAGUAAACAACGUAAACAGUCAUUCACAGAUUAAACCAUCAAACAGUAGGAAAUCAUACAAAAUAAAAAAAAAACUUUCACCUAUACUCAUUCAUUGAUGCGCAAUCAGCCUUGAGUGAGUAGUCGUGUCACAGCAAAAUCGAGAACGAGCGUGUUAUCAAACCAGGCAAUAUCCCAGGGAGGAUUUUCAGAAAAAUUGCCUCAGAACGAUAGACGUAACAAGCUCCCGACCAGAUCAACGACGGGUAGUGCAAGUUUGAUCUUAAAGCAAAGUAGAACGAAAAAUACGUCGCCAACGAAAGUGAGUGCGGUGUAGUCUCGUUGGUCGUGCAGCUGCUGCAAGUCAUAGUGCCACAGUUCGUGAAAAAGAAAACCCAAGAAGGCAAAUUUGUCUGGGGAAAAGAUAGAAGAUGUAUCGUCGGACUUUGACCGUUUCAUAUUCUCCAUUCCGGAACAACUACGUAACACUUCCGGACAACUAUUAUCGGAUGCUGUCAAGCUACAAAAACGGCUGUUUGAGCAUAACGCGCGGUAUCGACAGCUACUUCAUGUCAUGGUCCCCAUUCGGAGGUGGCGGCUAUCAGGACAAUCGAAUCGGAAUCAAUGCACAGGUGGCCACCUCAAUGGGACUGAAGGAAGGCGAUGUCGUUAAUGUGGCCAUGAUCAUCGAGGCACGGUCACUGAAAUCGGUUGAGGUGACGGCGGCCAGCGAGAAAGACUGGGAGAUGCUGAAAGUUAGUAGCAGUCGAAUUCAAUCGAUCAUGCUGGACCAGACGAGGAUAGUGACAAAAGGACAACACUUGAUAGUGUGGAUUAACGAUUCCAUCAGCAUCAAGAUCAAAAUAAAAUUUACCAUCCCUCCUCUCCCAUAUGGUCGUCUCGAAAACGACACCGAAUUGGUUGUAGAGCCGUACAAAACAUCUCCACUGAAAAAGGAUUCACAAGCCGUGCCAGGAGCAUUAGUGCGCAGCAAUACAAAUUUGAACAUAGCGGAGCUCGUUCGAAUACGGAACCAACAACGGAACAAAUCGAACGGUCACGAAAAUGGAGACACGCUGAUGAAUUCGGUUGGUUUGCUCAGUUCGACUUUGGCAGCUCCCACUACUGACCUCGUUAAGAAGCGGCCGACCACGUGGCACAAAAACAAUUCUCUUGAAAAUGGCAAAGAAAACCACUUGAACGAGAAACCUAAAGAAAAUGGCAUUUUGAAACGGAGCUCUACCCACGGAAAUGGCGUGUUAUCAAACGCUCAAACUGCCCUUCGGAACUCACUAUUCGAAAGCGAUCUCGACAGACACUUGACCAAGCUUCAUAGCAGUAAAUCGAUGGCGAGCUUCAUUAACGAACAGCCUUCCGUUGUCACCGAUGAACAACCCAAAACUCCCACGGUUUCCAAAUUUAAAAACAAAUCGCAAUAUUUGGACGAUCUGGUUGCCACCCUCGCUAGGGAAGCUCCCAAAACCUACGAAUUUCGUGUUCUCCGAGGUGUGUGGAACUGUCGGCGAAACAAUUCGCAAAUCUGUGACAUCUACAUCACCAAGGAGAACAUCCCCGCCGGAAUGGAUAUCAACUUGCCGUUUCUGCUGACCACCAACGACGAUCGGGAGUACUUUGUGAGCGUUCGGCUCACAUCCGAUGGGGAGCGGUUCCCCAAGAAUGCCUAUCCAACGGUGGAAAUAAAUCAGAAGUUGAUGGAUCAGCUGGAAAUCCAUCACGGGGAGAAGAUUACUCUUCGAGCGAAACAGAACGCGCUCAAUAUUGUGGACAUGAUCGAGCUGGUUCCGGCGACUAAGGUGGCGGCGAAGAUCGAAAGUGAUAUCGUGGAAAAGUUCAAAGAAUUCAUUUUGUUCAACUCGAAAGUGCAUCCGGUGCUGUUGAAUCAGGGGCAAGUCUUUCGACUUCCGGAGUACUUCUUGACGGUGAAAUUGCAGCCGGGGAAUUUGAAGUAUUGUUUGGUGAACGCGGUAAUUUUGCGGCAGAGUAAGAUAGUGUGUUCGGGAGAAGUGAAAGACCUAAACGGAGUGAUUCCAGUUGAGGAAGAUGAGAAGAAAACGAAGCCGGGGCUGGGUGAGGUUGAGCAAAAGCAGGUGAAAAUUGGAAAGUUCCAGAAGAUAGUGGAUGACUGUGUGGAUCAGCUGAAGUUGAAACUGUGCCUUGAUGAGAGGAGCACUGUGAGGAAAAGCUACAAUGUGAUUGUUGCAGGUUCCAAUCAGAGUGGCAAACGAACCAUUAUCCAAACGGUGCUUCGUCGGCUAAAUGAAGCGCCAUAUCAUUGCUACACAAACACCUUCCAUUGCUCUAAACACAAAGGCCGUAAACCGGACUCGAUACAGAAGGAUCUUCGCCACGCUUUCUACAUGUGUAUGUUCCACAGCCCGGCGGUGCUGUACUUGGAAGGGCUAGACGUCCUAACGCACAACCCCGGUGAUCAGAACACCCAAGACGCCGAGUACCACAACAAAGUGUCAGAUGUGGUGCGCAAACAGAUCGAGGAGUUUACCAGUGCCAAUCCGAUCUCGGUGAUCGCCUCAGUCGGCAGCGUUGCCAACCUCAACCGGAGGCUGUACGCUUCACGGGGAUCUCACCUGUUCCACAACCUGCAGAAGGUUCCAAAUCUUGACAAGACUGAUAGGGAAAUUGUGAUCAAAAGUUUGUUCGUUAACAAGCGGUGCAAACUGGAGAAGAAGAUCAACUGGAAGAAGUUGGCCAACUCGACUGAAGGAUAUUCGGUUGGCAGUUUGGUACAGAUGGUUGAUCGUGCCGUAUUUUACGCGUUUAAAAAAAAUUUUAAAUCUCCAUUAGUGACGGAAGAAAUGAUUGGAAGUGCCUUGGAUGUUACAAACGAGUAUUGUUUGCAAGGAAUAGAAAAUCGUUCGAGUAACCUGGAUGACGAGGACGAUGUUCCGGGGGAUCAAAUUCCAGGCCUGGAAAAUGCCAUCGAUGUCUUCCAGGAGGUGUUGAUGUGGCCGACUAAGUUCCCGAAAAUCUUCGAGUGUUCACCGCUACGGAAUCAGGCCGGAAUAUUACUAUUCGGUCCUCCCGGCACUGGAAAGACUUAUUUAGUUUCUAAGCUGGCGAAAACCUGGAACCUUCGGAUGAUAUCGGUAAAAGGUCCAGAAUUGUUGGCGAAAUACAUCGGGCAGAGUGAGGAGAAUGUGCGCAAUUUGUUCGACCGAGCACGAAGUGCCAAACCAUGUGUUCUAUUUUUCGAUGAGUUUGACAGUUUAGCACCCCGAAGGGGUCACGACUCAACGGGAGUAACGGACCGUGUGGUGAAUCAAUUGCUCACCGAACUGGACGGCGUGGAAGGCCUUCAAGGAGUGACGGUGAUCGGAGCCACUUCGAGACCAGAACUCCUCGAUCCAGCAUUGCUACGAUCCGGUCGAAUUGAUCGAUUAGUCGAGUGCAGUUUACCAGAUGAAAAAUCACGUCACGAGAUUUUCAAAAACCUGAGUCACUCGUUGGACCUUGCCGCUGAUGUGCAACUUCCAUAUUUCGCCAAGAAAUCCAAUACUUAUACCGGAGCAGACAUCCAAUCCAUUCUGACGUCGGCUAAUAUGCUUGCCGUUCAGGAGUGCCUUACCAGUGCCGUAGACGAUGAGCAUGUUCCCGAGAAGAUAACGAUUAGCCAGCGACAUUUAUUGGAAGCCUUUGCCAGCACCCGCCCGUCAUUGAGCCCACAGGACGUGCAGAAAUACAAGGACACAUACGCUCGGUUCACAAAUAAAGAACCUCCGUCGAGAGAUUUUGUUGCUAAGCGGGCCACCCUUGCAUAGGAAGGGUUCUCUUAACACAAAAACACAUUCGCUGAGCAGGUUUGGGGCGAAUGGGCACGACUUCUGAUUGGUUGUUAUAGGUUGGUAAGUUGGUUUCUAUUUUGGUACAGGGCUUUUAGCAAUGCAGUUAUUGUGGUUUUUUCAUAAAAGACAUGCAAUUAUUUUAUAUUAUAAA